AUGGAUAUCGUAGCAGUGAAUCGGUGGUUGCAAUUGGCCUCAAUCGAAGAUAAUGAGAGCGAGGCAAUGGCCAUCAGCUGCGUCGAGUUAAUUCUAGCGGAGACAAAUGUGUACUAUCGUCAGAAAUGCUUCGCUCAAAAGCUCUUUAAUUACGCGAGCUCACACUUUCAAGAAGACAUAUUUGAUGCAGUGUUUGCUGCUGCAGCCCAAGCUGACCAAAGUGUGGAUAAUACUCGAUUUCAAUGCGAGCUCCAACCAGCAAUCAAUGAUGCAGACCGACACGCAGUGCGCAGCCUGCCGUUUAAAAGUCCCGAAAAACCAUUGUCAAUUCUCUCGAAAGCGGUUACAUCACAAGUGUCAUGCGUCGAAAGCUCACUGGAUAAUAAAUUGCGUACACGAAAAAAAAAGAUUGACACGAGUGAAGUUACGAAGACUGUUGAGAUCUUACAGCUAGAAAACUUGGACGCCGAGAAACUCGAGGUCGUCGAAUGGAGAAAUAAUUGUUUAAAAUCUCUCAGGACAUCGACACGGAAGACGGAAUUCGCAAAGUGGGCGGCCGUUGCUCGAGUUUUCUCCGUUCCAGAAACACGGGUAUCAAUGGAUGUCGGUGUGAUAACGCCUCCAUCUCUGAAGGUUGUGGAGUCCUUAGCUGCAACACCUCUUUGCAUGAAAACGAAUGUCGACAGUUUUUCUUCGAUCGUCGAUAUUAGUAAAAAGGAGCGACUUUCUAGUCUCGGACCACGUCGAGUAAGCCGUCGAGCAUCGUCUUAUUUAGUCCCAGCUAUAAAGCCAUUGAUAGGUUCAACACCAUACAGCCACAACAUUGAACACCAACAGUCCCAAACCGCCGAUUCCACACUACAUCAGCGAAGAUUAACACGACUUUCUGAUUUGCUUUCAGGUCCAAAAUCUGUUCGAAAACUCUCUACGAUACAGUCUUUGACCGAUCAUUCUAGUAGUCUCAGAUUUGACGAGCAAGAAACUGAGAGCGCUACUUAUCAGAUCUUCGAGGCUGCUGAAACACAUUUUAAUGCCUCUACUAUCCCUGCUACUAUGAUAGUCGCUUCCGGGGUGAUGUUAUCGCAGGAUGAAUUAUUCAUCAAAGGCCCACAGCGGGUUGAUGGACCUACGACAAUGUCUCGCAGGUGCUUUGAUCGCCAACAGCGUCUUGCUGCCGAUACUUUAGUUGCUUCUUCUUCGAGCUCUCAACCACUUAGCAAUCAGUAUUUGGCGAAUUCUUCGCUCGAAAAUGGAUGUUGUGAAAUUGAGGGGAUCACGAGUGAGCCAAUAUCGACUCCUCAACUAUCGCCAAUUGUAGCUAGAACGCAUAUAACGAAUUCUUCAUCAACACCUUUACUUCGGGCCCGUUCGCCGGUGUUUAACACCAAAGCGGGCAGGAAUCGAAAUGCAUGUACAAGUAGCGACAGAUGUGGACGUACCAGUGUGGUUACGCAACGCAUAAGACCAAACACUGCGUUAGGAGCCAUUGCUUUGCCGCUUAAGCGUAUCCCAAACCUUGCCACGGCAACGUCUUCUGGUGUAGCGAAACCUAUGAAGGUCGAACACCUGGCAAGAAGCCAGGAUAAUUUCCUUGGUCGCACAUCGCUCAAAUUUGUUGACAUUGACGGCGAUGAAUGGAUUGAUUUAGGACCCAUGCGUGAAACAAGUGCAAAUCAACAACCACCAAUGAACGUAACCUUGAGUGUAUCAGAGCCAGUUUCAAAAUUGUCUUCCAUUGAAACAAGCGAUGAGGAGCAACCAACGCUGAAAGAAACGGCAGCAGUUUGGAAAGAAAAAGCUUUAGUUACAUCUAACGAUAACUUCGAAAGUGUCAAGUCUGAUGUGCAAGAUCAAACGUGUGAGAAUAAAGUAUUCUCGAAGGCGGCAAGAUCGAAAGCGAGUUUGAUGGCGUUUUACCGUGAGAGAGCCAAAGAAAUGGAGGAGAAGCAUAAAACGAUAUUUACAGUUCCAACGAAGCAGCAUAAUGUGAUAGAGUCUGGACGCUCGGCACAUUUAUGA